AUGAACAAUAUUAAUCUGUGUCAAUAUAAUGUAGUCGAUGUAGCUAGUCAUACAUCAUACAAUCCUCUAUUUUUUGAUGAAAAUAUGCCGAGCACGAUGCGUGGUAAACAUAUUCUUGUUCUUGGCGCAAGUGGUCGUCUUGGUAGUCAAGUAGUACGCCAAGCUUUGGAUGCUUCAUAUUAUGUAACCACACUCGUGCGAAAUGACCGAGCUUUACCAUUCACCCGUCAACAAUUACGAAAUCCAAAUCUUGUAAUAUGUGUCGGCUCAAUUUUUUCACGUACGAACCUAGAUCGAGUAAUCGAGGGACAAGAUGUAGUAAUAAAUUGCCUUGGUCCAAGAAGGUCAUGUGAAUUUAAUUUACUGAAUUUCCUUGGCCAAAGAACGUCCGAUAUCGAUUUAAAUUCACGUGCACAACGAUAUAUAAAUGAGAGUAUGGCAAGACUUGGAGUGAAGCGGCUAAUUAUCGUUCGAUGCCACGGUACUUCAACGCUCGAUUCUUUUUUUACGCGUUUAUUUUUCAGCAAAAUGCAUAAUAAUGAUAAAAAAGUGCAAGAGAAACUGAUCGUGGAAAAUUCAAAGUUUUUGGACUGGACAAUAGUUCGGGUUGGUGGCUUAUCAAAUGGAAAGUUAACGAAAAAAUACUCAUUACAUGAUAAUGAUCAAAUCAUAUUGAAGAAAGUAUCAAGAGCGGAUGUUGCACAUUUUAUACUAAAGGAAGUCGGUAACGGGACAUGGAUACAACGAACACCAUCAAUCGAUGCAACAAUAUUUCCAACUAAUGGCAAAAAAUGGUAUUAUUAG